AUGUUGCAGAAAACUUCAAAGAUGACAGAUCAGACAUCUGAAGGCCAAGUGGGCAUCAAGAAGAGGUCCAAAGUACCUGGAGUGAUGAUCACUCAGUUUGUAGAAGAACUUCCGGAAGGAAAAGCUCAUCCAGACUUUACCCGCAAACCCAUCGCUUUGACCAUUCAAGAAGGUAAAUUAGCUAUUUUCAAGGCCAUUGUCAUAGGGGAUCCAGAACCUACUGUCACAUGGACCAGAAAUAAUGGCAUUUUAUCUGACCGACAGAAAUAUCAGACUAAGUUCGAUCCCAUUUCUCGAGAACACACAAUUGAGAUGCCCAAUGUUUCUCCAGAACAAGCUGACACUUACAAGUGUUUUGCAACGAAUGAGUUUGGCAGAGCUUCUGUCACUGUUGUAUUAAAUGUUAUUGAAGUGGGAUACAAGAAAGACAAAGCAAAGAAAGCUUCAUUCUAUUUACUUUCUGUUCCAGUUUCUAAACUUGUUUUCUGUAAUAUCUACAGUAAUGUGUGCCCAAAAACUGUACAAAAAAAGGAGGGAGAAAUUGAUCCCAAGUUCUGGGAGAUUUUACUUAGUGCCAAUAAGAAAGAUUAUGAGUGCAUUUGUGCUGAAUAUGGAGUGACUGAUUUCCGGUGGAUGCUGAAGAAACUAAAUGAAAUAAAAAGAGAAAGACAAGAGCAGCAAGCUGAGUUUGUGAAAAGCAUUUCCAACCUGAAGCACACUGAAGUGAAAUCCAAUGGCACAGCAUUAUUUGAAGUUGAUUUGGACCUUGUAGACCCAAGUAGUAGGAUAUUCAUUUACAAGGAUGGAGAAAUGAUUGAGUACUCCAAAGACAUUGAGAUAAAACACAGCCUAAAACAAGUGGGCAAGAAGUAUAUGUUUACUAUUAGGGACCUCCUCCCUGAUGAUGCUGGCUUUUAUCAGUUAGAUGUUGAGAAUGUGACCAUAUUCUCCACUGACCUUAAGAUUCCAAAGGUGGAAUUCCUUGUAAAGAUUCAGGAGGUUAUAGCUAUGGAGAGAGAAGAUGCAGUGUUUGAGUGUGUUCUAUCUAAUCCCUUCUCAAAAAUUCUAUGGGUGGGGAAAAAUGUCCCUCUGGAACAGGGAGAAAAAUAUGACAUAACAGUUUCAGAAGACAAGCUGAUUCACCGACUGGUGGUUAAAGACUGCAUGCUGGUGGAUAAAGGCAUAUAUGCUGCUAUGGCAGGUAUCAAGUCCUGUAAUGCCUGGCUGGUAGUGGAGGGUAAGAUCAUGCUCCCUAAUGGCAAAAAGAAAGUGCGAAAAACAACGCAGGCAGGAGGAUCAGGCCUUAAUCUGACAGAAAUUGCAGCAGAGCAGCGAAACAAGCUGCAGAAAGACAAAGCAGCGAUGAUAUCAGCCACCAAAACAGCUAUUCCAGAGAAAGCAGCAGCAGCUUCUACAGAUAGCAACACUUCUGCAUCUGCAUCAGGAUCUGGCAUUGGAUCUGUGUCUUUUGGUAUUUCUGCUUUUGAGUCUAGUGCUGGUUCUGUACCUGGUUUUUUGACUUGGUGCUAG